AUGGGUGUCAAUUCAUCCUCGCGGCAGGACGCGAGCCUGCUUUCCGACGAAGACGUGAACUUUGAUCACUUUCAAAUACUGCGCAACAUCGGGAAGGGCAGCUUUGGCAAGGUGUGCAUCGUACAGAAGAAGGACAGCGGCAACCUGUUUGCGAUGAAGUACGUCAGUCGGAACGUCUGCAUCGGGCGGGGGGCGCUCGGAGGCGUGCUGAAGGAGGUGGAACUGCUCGCCUCCCUCGAGCAUCCGUUUCUGGUGAACCUGUGGUUUUCCUUUCAAGAUGAGGAGGACCUCUUCAUGGUUUGUGACCUGCUCGCCGGAGGGGAUCUGCGCUAUCAUCUGCAGCAUCAGGUGGAAUUUUCCGAGGCAAGCGUCGAGCUGCUGGUGUGCGAGCUCGGUUCCGCGUUGGACUACCUGCAGAAGCAGCGCGUCGUGCAUCGAGAUAUCAAACCGGACAACAUCCUGCUGGACGAGGAAGGGCACGCGCAUCUGACAGAUUUCAACAUCGCCACCCGCCUGCCCCCGGACGGGCUCGCCUGCAGCAUGUCCGGCACCAAGCCGUACAUGGCCCCGGAAGUAUUUAUGUGUGCCUUAGAGGAAGUGGCCGGCUACAGCUACCCGGUGGACUGGUGGAGUCUAGGUGUCGUCGCCUACGAGCUACGCUGCGGCGCUCGUCCGUUCAUCGUGCACUCGGCAACGCCACUGGCGGAGGUGAAGAACAUUCUCAACACACCGCCUCACUUUCCCCGACACUGGGGCGACCAGUUCGUCAACAUGUUGACCAAGCUGCUAAACGUGCAUCCAGGUGCGCGGAUCAGCACGCUAAAGGAGCUGCAGCAGACGAAGCUGCUGCGCGGGACUGACUUCGAGCGCGUACUCGCCAAGCGCACCAACCCACCGUUCAAGCCUUCGAAAGACCAUCUCAACUGCGAUCCGAGCCUCGAGCUGGAGGAGAUGAUCGUCGAGACGAAGCCACUGCACAAGAAGAAGAAGCGCCUGGCGAAGCAGCGCUCCAUCCACAAGGAGAACAACGACCAGCUGCACAGCCAGCUCGACAGCCAGCUGCUGAAGGAGUUCCUCGUCUACAAUCGCUACAAGGAGCUCAAGCGGAAGGCGAUGGAGGCGAAGGAGUCCGAGUGGCAGCAGGAGCUCGACCAGGCGAUGGCUAACUCGCACGUCUCGUGCCCGGAAUCGUCCGGCUCCGGCUCCGUCCACCGUCUCACGCCCAUCAGUGAGCGGGCGGAGUCGAGCGCGACGGCACUCACGAGUGGCCCGACGACGUCCCGAUCCGCGGAACCACUCGGUGGCGGCGGUGGGUCCGGUCCCGUGCCAGUUCCAGCACGCUCCGGACAACCGGACAUCGAGUACAUCGAUCGCACGCCGUCGCCGAAGAGCAGCAUCUAGCAGCACCUGCCGAGGUCGGGGGCCGAGUCCUGUCGCAUCGCCUGAGCCGCCGGACGAAGCCGUGCGCGUUCCCACCUACACACCCCCUACCCCGGCCUGUGAUACCGUCGUACGAACGCCUCGGAUUAGACGAACUAGACUGACUGGAGAGCAGUUCGAUCGCGAGAGGGACUGCUGCACGGCACAACCAACCACAUCGAUGUUUAAGCUAUAGCAUUUAUCGUAUACACGCGGUCUGGAGUCGGAGCUAGCCAUCCUGCACCAUGCCGACCACGCCAGUCUCCCUAACACUGCGGGAAGUGUGGCAGGUUUUGGAACUUACCACACCAUUGUGAGAACACAACAUAGAUGUCAAAAGAUGUCGCGGCCAGGUGACCGUGGCUCGAUGUUAACGCCCGCAGAGGCAACCGUGAAGAGCUUGUGACUGUAACUUACCGUUUUGUAUCAACUCCGAACACACACACACACACACACGUUUGUCUAUUAGCGACAUGCAUUCCUUGUCUAGAUAUAUACCCCAAAGAACAGAGAGAGAGACUAGGGCGGGAACUGGCAGUGGGCGACAUCAUCGCUAGUCAAUUGGGCACCGCGGAGGAUACCCGAAAACCUUAACCUAUAGCUAAAUAUAUCCCUCCCCCCUUCUCCAAACACCAACCACAUCACUGCUUUUUUGUCGCAGUAUUCUCCGGCCUUCGGGAAGAAAUCCUGGCCGAUUUUGAGAUGGUAAACAACACACACACACGCACACAUACAUCCUACGUGAGGCGAGGCAACAGCCCAGCAGGUGCCCAAGCACUCAUCUGCACCUGGACCGUCUGGUCUUCGGCUAAUGGCUAAUCC